CACGAAGGCAACGAGUAUUAGCCAAUCAGAGGCGGAGUAGGGCGGGACAUUCCUUCCCCAUCCAAGGAAACGAAAAUUGGCUUCCUGCGUUGUUUUCAUUAGCUUGUCCCGCGGAGGUUUAACUGUGGUACUUACAACAUUUCGGUAAGACAUCUUUGUUGCAGUGGUACAUUUCUCGUCGUGUAUGCAUCAGUCGGGUCUCGCAGGUCUGUCAGGCCUGUGCCGAGUCACCGACCAUCUUUAUCUCAGUAAUGGCAGAGCGGCUAAUGACGCCUCCCAGGUGGCUCGGUGCAAGAUAGCGUGCAUCGUAAACGUGACCGAGACCAAGAGCCGCCGCCCUCUUCAUCCCGGGGUAGAGUACAUCCACAUCCCGCUCGCUGACUCCCCGGUGUCUCCCCUCAGCGAGCACUUUGACGAAGUUGCGGAUAAAAUCCAGCAGACUGCAGACCGCGGUGGCCGCACUUUGGUGCACUGCAACGCGGGAGUGAGCCGCUCCGCCUCGCUGUGCAUGGCCUACCUGAUGAAACACCGCGGCGUAUCUCUCCUGGAAGCCCACAGGUGGGUGAGGACUUCUCGGCCCGUGGUGAGGCCGAACAACGGCUUCUGGAAACAGCUCAUCCGGUACGAGAUGGAGCUCCGUGGGUGCACCUCUGUCCGAAUGGUGUCCUCCUCCAUGGGAGAGCUGCCAGACAUUUAUGAACACGAAACCAGAAAUAUGAUGCCACUGUGAAGAAGCCACUGCACUGCAGCGUGAAGCUGUUUAUGACCAUUAAUAUGCUGUUUUGUGUGUCACAUGUACAGGGAAAGAGUGCUGUUUCAGGGGUCAACGUUAAGUUUUUUUUUUUUUUUUUUUUGUUUUUUUUUUUAAACUUGUCUGGUCGGGCAAGUGAAAAAAAAAUUCUACUUGCCCAAAGAGAAUUUUUACCAGACCCUAUACAAAUGGUCUUUUUCGAAGAAGAUACAAAAAAAACAUAGAAAAGAACGUUU